UAUAUACUCCGUAUCUUUAUUAUUAUUAAAUGUACAUAAAUACGGAUUACACGGGUAUACAAACACUGCAUAUGCAAGUGUAGAGAGAGAGAGAGAGAGAGAGGUGUGGGAGACAAGCUGGUAAAGGAGUCUGAUGAAGAAUUCUUUGAAAUAAAGUCAAACGCCAGAGAAGACCCAUGUGUAUAGAGGCUUCAAUUCUUCGAUUUACUUCAGUGUUUUUUUUAAUCCCUUUAAUUGCGAAGGACUUAGCUUCCAAGAUCACAACUUUUCUGGAGCUUCAAUUGAUGUAUAGAAUCUUAGAUAGUUGGGUAUUGUGAGAUAAUAACUUCCUCCACAUUAUUGUAUAAUUCUUGUUGUGGUUUGAGUAAGCUUUUGGAAUAAGCAUUUGUGGAGAGCUAGGGUCUAAAAAGCCUGUGUUUGGGUGUCUAGGAAUAGUUACAAUUUACAAAUGGAUGGGGAAGAUGGGACUUCCUUGAAUUCAGCCAAGGGGGUGGGUUUAGAUGAAGAUGAAGAGGAGUUUAGAAGUUGCUGUGAAGAUGUGGAGGAGUUGAAGGAGAGGGAGGAACCCGAGGAGCUCGGUGUGGAGGGAGAUGAGGAUGAAUUGGAGGAGGAUGAGGAAAAGGAAAGUGAAAUUUCUGAGAUAGAUCUCGAUGAGCAUAUCCUGGAGGAGUUGAAGGAUAGGCAGGAGCCAGAGGACUUGAUUGUAGAAGGAGAACAUAUUAUACUAGAGGAGGACGAGGAAACGGAAAGUGAAAUCUCUGAGAUAGACCUCGAUGGACACUGUGUGGAGUUGGAGAGUCAGGAGUCAGAGGAACUGGCUGUAGAGGGAGAAGAUGAUGAUGAAGUAGAGAAGGACGAGGAAUCAGAGGGCGAGAAUGAGGAGUUUAAGGAGCAACAGGAAUCAGAGAAGGUGUGUGCAGAGGGAGAAGAUGAUGAAGUGGAGGACAAGGAAUCAAAUAUUGAAAACUCUGAGAUAGGUCUUGAUGAACAUUCUGUGAAGUUGUACUUCAAAGGUGUUUCCAUAAGUGGCCCUGGAGAUACUGGUUCUGGGCUUUCUGGAAUUGGGGUGGUCAUGGAGAGGAGUAUAAACUCUCCUCCCAUGGAAGUGCAGAAAAAGCUUGAUUUUUUUGUGGAGGAAUUAGCGGCAGAUUAUUUAGCCUUAAUGGAUGGGCUGGUAGAGGCUGCUCAUAACAAAAUUAGGCGGGUAUAUGCCGUUACUGAUUCUGAGAUUUUAUACAAUCAGGUUAUGCAUGAAACGGAGAUUGAGAACCCACUUCUCAUGGCACUGAGGCAAAGGAUAUUAGACUAUGCCAAUGACAUGGAAGUCUUUGUUCUAAAAUUUGUUCCGAGCACUGAUCUUGCAAGAGCAUUAGAGCUUGCCCAAGUUGCAAUAGGCAUUGUCUCCCCGUGUCUUAAGGGAGAUGAAUCAACAGAAAGUUGUUCAAUAUGUUGCGAGGACAAGCUCGCGUUAAUGAUGAUGACAUUGAAAUGCUCCCACAAAUUCUGUUCUCGCUGCAUGAAGACUUACGUUGAAGGGAAAGUACAAUCUACACAAGUUCCUAUUAGAUGCCCGCAGCUAAGAUGCAAGUAUUAUAUCUCUUCUGCAGAAUGUAAAUCUUUUUUGCCAGUUGCUUCGUAUGAAUCCUUGGAGAGAGUCCUGGUAGAAGCAAAUGUUCUCAACGCAGACAAAAUUUACUGCCCCUAUCCUAAUUGCUCAGUUCUUCUCGAUCCUCAUGAAUGCUUUUCAAUGAGAGCUAGCUCAUCAAGCCAGUCAGACAACAGUUGUGUGGAGUGCAGAGUAUGUCAGAGGUUUAUUUGUGUCGACUGUCGGGUCCCUUGGCAUUCUUCAAUGACAUGUGAGGAGUACCAAAAUCUCCCACACGAGGAAAGGGACGUUGGUGAUGUCACUUUGCAUCGCUUGGCACAAAAUAAAAGAUGGAGACGUUGUUUACAUUGUCAGAGGAUGAUUGAGCUCACACAUGGCUGCUACCACAUAACUUGCUGGUGUGGGCAUGAGUUCUGCUAUUCAUGUGGCGCGGAGUAUAGGGAUGGUCAACAGACUUGUCAAUGUGCAUUCUGGGACGAGGAUUAUUCCCCGGAGUUGGUGACUCAUCAUCCCACGCAACAAUUUGAGCACUGGGCAUGGGACUCAUUCGAGUCGGUCCCCAUGAUAAUGGAUGCAUAUUCAGACCAAGAGAGAUCACAGUUGGAACUGAUCCAGCGAUUUCUGGCCGGAGGCUUUAGCCUGACCGACCACCAAGCGUACCAAUCCCCCCCACGAUGUACAGAUUCUUAUGCCGACGCCAUGAAGGAUCUCCAUCAGCUUCCUUGGCUGGAGCGGUUCGUCUCUGUGAUCAGCGAUAAUUACUAUGAAGACAUUUUCCAGUGAGUAACAACGAGCCGUAAACAUGAACAUUUUUUUUUUCCAGCAAGAAGUUGAGGAGCACUGAAUAAAAAUGGUUGAUAUGGAAGGAGACAGAGCAUCUCACUCUGAAAACUCCAUUUUGUAGAUCAGUGAAGAGGCCCCAUUGUUUAUCAUCCUUAGCUCAAAGAGCUAGUGGCCCUCUCCCUUUUUAGACUUUUUUACUGUAAGAUUUAGGCAAAUAUGCAUGAGAAAAUCUCUCUUGGUAGAAAGAGAAGAUAGAUACAUAAUAGUAAUUGUAUCUUUUAUGAAGGAAGCUGCAGUGAUGAUACUUUCAUAUUUCACUUGAGAUUUUUUU